UAUCUUGUUUGAGUGCUACAGCAAAUACGAGUCGACGACCGAACCACGUAGUAGUUCCCGUCCCAUUUGUAUAGCCUGUGCCAUACGUCGGGACUGGCCCUGGUGCCGCGGUGAGGAGCGGAGUCUGGGAGGGGCGUCCGGGGAAUGGCGGAUGUUGAGGCCGUGUCUGUGGAGAGGCAGAGAGAUGGGGGCUUAGCAGAGUAACACCCCACUCCUGUAUUUUUUUUUUGUUUUUAUUUCUUUUUAGUUAGCGUUACGUGUCUGUGUCCAGCUCACCGCCAUGGAUCCAGAGAAAACGUUGACUUUCUGCCUCGGGGUGAAGGCUGCGGAGAUGACCAUGUCCCUGCAGGGGUUGGACGUGACUGAGGCUUCUACGGUGACAGUCUCUCAGAAGGACACUGACAUGGUCACAGUUAAUAAGGUGGUGAAGUACCAUUCGGACUCUGGCAGCCAGCCUAUAGUCAGUCCCAAGUACUGUCCUGGAGUAAAUAACAACCCAGGUUACCUGUGUGAAACUGGCCACUGCUGCGGAGAGACAGGCUGCUGCACCUACUACUAUGAACUCUGGUGGUUCUGGCUUCUGUGGACAGUGCUGAUCCUCUUCAGCUGUUUCUGUGCCUACCGCCACCGCCGGGCCAAGCUGCGGAUCCAACAGCAGCAGAGGCAGAGGGAGAUCAAUCUGAUCGCUUACAAUGGAGCCUGUAAUUACCCUGCCUCAAUGCUGGACCUCAGUUUCCUGGCUUCCUUCAAGCUGCCAUCCUAUGAGGAGGUGGCAGCCCAGCCCAGCACCCCUCCUCCGCCUUACAGCUCUGUCUUUGCCCUGCAGGGAGGUGCCAUGGGCGGUCCUAGCUCCUCCUACCCCCAUCACCACCAUCAUCAUCCCUGUCCUCCCUAUCUGGGCCCUGGCCCCGGUCCCAGCUGCCUGACGUCCUCCCAGAGCUCCGACAACUACACCAGCUGCUCCUGCGAGUCAUGCUCCCUCACCUCCCCUUCCAGCACCUCCUUCUCUGUCCAAGUGACGGACGAGACGUACGACAGCAGCCGUGUCUCCACGCCCAGUGAAGCAGUGGGUGACCGGGCUGUCUUGCCGAGGUUUGGGCCUUCUUUGGAUGGAGCCACCUUCACACCAACUCCCUCCCCGCCUCUUCCAGUGCACGUUCCGCCAGAUCUUAUACCUGCCCCCGCUCCAGAUAUCAUACCUGUACCAAGACAUUUUUCUAACAGCAGUGAAAGUGUCUCACCUCCGCCUCCAUCCCUUUCUCUUCCUUUACACUCCCUUAACCCCUCUCGUCCUGCACAUGCUCCUCGCCUGCCACUCUCUCCCCUUGUUCUCUCACCUUCCCCCCCUUCUGCUAAAGUCCGCCCUCUCAUUCUGUCAGACCCGCUGGGAGUCACAUCUGCUCAGAAAGAGGAAAAGGCUUCCCCCUGCGAUCAGAGGCCAUCCCUCAGGCCUGCUCAGUCCCCCCCAAAACAAGCUCUCUUCUCCUCAAAUGUGGACAUUUUUGAGCAUCACAGCUACCAAAAUGAGAAAAAACAAGAAAAGGAAGAGGAGGGGGAAGAAGAGGAAGAAGAAGAUGAGGAGGACCAUUUCCGCCAUCGACGGCUAACAGGUGAUUCAGGCAUUGAGGUGUGCCGCUGCCAUGUGAAGAGAGAGGAGCAAGAGGAAGAGGAACUGCAGAAGGGGCCUAUGGGUAACAGAGGAAAAGAGGCGGUGGGGGAUGGGGAGGGGGUGAACAUGCUGCACGACAGCAUGGACUGUUCCCUCCGAGCGCAGGCGGCUGUCCAGUCACAGCUCCCAGAGAGCCACGGCCACACCUCCUCAUCCUCUGCCAUUGUCCCAAAAGCAGGCGAGGCUAUUAUCACUGUGGAGUCCUCAUGAGCUGACAGUCAGUGAGAUGUUGUCAGACUGGUGAAGUGCUCAAAAUGGCGUGGAGGUGUUUAUGGUUGCUCAGUAGAACCCACUAGAGAUUGACUGGCCAUAUCAGCUAACAGGAACCUAGUUGGCUCUGUUUAUAGUUUCUAGCAAGUGGGAAAGAAUGACAAAUAUAUAGAUCCUCUUUUUUUCAAAUUGAGAAUCACCAACUCAAAGACUUGGAUUGUUAGGUUCAUGCCGUUCCUGGUUUGGGUAAAGGCAGAUUGUUUUUUUUUGUUUUUUUGCAAAGACCAGAGUGAUAAAAAAUGUUCUUUGAUUGCUCUCUCUCUUUUUUUGUCUCACUCCUCUCCUUUUCUUGCUGCAGCCGCCAUAAGAAGAGCAACAGCUAGUGACGUGAAUUUACAAGUGCACACACAUGCACACACACACGGCUGACACGCCUGUGUUUCUUUGGAUUAAAAUAACAGGCCCCCAUACUCCACCCUCUCUCACUCUCUCUCUCUCUUCUCUCUCUCUCUCUCCCUCCCUCUCUCUCUCUCUCUCUUUCUCUCUUUCCCCCUUCACUCUCUUCCCUCCUCUCUCUCUCACUCACACAUAAUACACACAUACACAGAACAUAUGGUUACCUAACCCAGCUGUGCCUGUGGCUCUGUGUGAACAUCCCAAUAUAUCUCUGUUUUUGCUCAUCUCUGUUCUCUGCGUAAGUUCACAUUUUUUCCCAAAAUACCCGUAUUGAACUUUGGGAUGCCACCCCUUAUAUCAUGUUACUGUCAUUGUAGACAAAUUAAUAGCUGUCAAGUGACAUUUUUUAAUUGCUCCAUUGAGGAGACUGUAUUUUGUGCAUUGUAAAGAUAUUGUUUGAAUUAUUGUAAUUGCUCCCUUUACUGUAAUGGCUCAAAUGUUCUUUGAGUAAAAUCACUGAUCUGUUUGUUGUCAAAGGAGCAGCUCCAGAAAGUGUUUCUUGAUCACAUUACAUUAUCAGAAUCUCAGUUCUCUGAAUUCCAACUUUUGAAAAGAGUGGGUGUUCACAAGUAUUAAGCGCAUGGUUUGAGGUCACAGAAAUAACAUGAAUUCUUUUGUAGAAUUGUUUUUUUUUUUCCUUUCACCAGCCAGGUCUCCUCUGUCUGUCAGAGGCAAUAAUGAAAGCAUCAAGAGAGAAAACAACUAUGUGACUGAUUUAGAGGGUGUGUUUUUUUAUACCUUGUGUCUUGUUUUUCACCCUCAUGGAGAGGGAAUGCAAAAAAACCUGAUGAAAAUGGUGUUUUGGUGACAAAGCUUUAUGAUGGUAUUAUUAUAAUCCAUUGUUGCAAACUGUUAAAUGAUUUUAUUGUGUCAUUAAAGACUGACUUUGGAUUUGAAGUACUUCAACAAACUUGUAGUAGGGUUUUUGUUGCCCUUUUGCAGCAUGAUAUAAAUCUGAUUCCUUCUAUCACGGACUUUUGAUUUUUUUAUGAGGCAGGAACGUUAAGUCUAGCCCUCAUCACUGAUACUGAAUGUAAAGGUUAUGCAUUGCAACAAAAAAACCUAAAUUGUUUACGAAGAACUCGUACAGCAUGACGCUUAUCAGAAACUUGCAGAAAAGUUUCUGAAAUUGCAGGAAGGCAAUGCAAUCUGUCAGAGCUUUGACUGAAAAAGCAUACAAAGACGAUAUUAUUUGAAAUGAAGUGCCCACUGCAAUGUCUGUCUGGGUCCAGUUCUGCUAUUGUCCAUUAUUAAAUGUGCAAGUGUAUGAAGCGAAGGUUUAAAAUCAGAGCCAUGAUACUGUUUCCUUCAGUCUUGUGUGAUUAUUAUUGUGGCUCAUCACAAGGUCACCACUUACAGAAGGACUAUUUUUUUUUCUCUGAGAUCCUGUAUGUUAUGGCUCACUCUGUUUUUCUACGUGGAAUAAUGUAACAAUUGAUGCAUAGCUGUAUCCAUCACUACACCUCACUUAUGGUCUCAAUGUUUACUGGGAUUAGAAUACACACAGUAUCUGCACAUGACUUCUCUCAAUUAACUGGCUCAAAUGUACAAAAUGUACUGAAAGAGUGAAAGUCUCAAAUUCCAAUUUUAAUGUUUGUCUUGCCUUUUCUCUUGUAGUUGUCUUAUAACAACUACAAGAGAGACAGUAUCUGUUAUUCAGUGAGCAGAGGCUUGUUUCCUUGGCUCGGUGCAAAGAAUGUGAAAGCUUUCAAAGGUAUUGACAAAUCACCUGCUGUGUAAAGCCCUGUCCUUCCUCAUUUAUAGAUACAGUAGAUAAACACAAAGUGUUGCCUGUGUUCAGCUUUAUUUGUCAAAGACAAAUUAUUUGUGUGUGUGUGUGUGUGUGUGUGUGUGUGUGUGUGUGUGUGUGUGUGUGUGUGUGUGUGUGUGUGUGUGUGUGUGUGUGUGUGUGUGUCUAUUUGGUUGUAAAUGUCACUUUGACAUGUUAUGACCAGAUUGUGUGUCCUGAGGUCUUGGCCUGUGAUUUCUUGAAUACGUUUAUCAGAGGUGAUGUAUUCUGACAGAAAUUUUCCUGAACAUAUCAGCAUAAAAGCCUUUCGGCUCCUAUACUCUUACUGAUUAAAGAAUGGACAGAGUCAUUAUUUUCUCAUUAAUUCAAGCAGAAUUAUGUUAUUUAUUGAAGCAUAUUGUGCCUAGACGAAAUUAUUUUUUCUGUUAGGUAUUCUAUUGUUUGCUGCUGCUAUAUGUGUGUGUUUUCUGUCAGUUGUGUAUAGUUGUAUACCAAACGGGGAAACAUUUUAUAGCAGUACUUUAGCAGUCUCUUUAUAAAAUAUACACAGUGCGUAGUACAUGUGAGACUUGCAAAAAUAGUAAAUAGCAAUAUUAUAGUGUUCACACUUUUCCUUAUUCUAGUUGAUGCUGGUUGAUAGGAAAUGACAUGUUGUGAAAAUGACUUUUACCUCUUAAUAUUGAUCUGUUACUUGUGCUGGGCAGGUGCCCUUGAUUGUAAACAACACAGGAUUUUAAGCGCCUUUUAGGCUCACAGUUGCUCCUAAAUGCAGAUAAUCUGGUUUUACCAGAUUACCUACUUUUACCCCCACUCUUAUUUCACCUUGCAAGGAUCGGAAGCCAAACUGGUCUUAGCUCAGUGCAUAGAAAUAAUUUAAUCUCCCUUGCCUUGCCGGCAACUAGUGUAUAAAUGCUCAUUUCCAUUAUAGGCCAAGGCCCGAUAGAAGACUGUUACCUCGCUGAGUUAUGACUGUAAAGGACUGUUUACUUCUCCUUAUCAAGAUAGUAUUUACUCUAUAUUUGUACUGACUUUAUUUUGUAAUGCCAAGAAAUUAACUGAAGAAUUGAAAAAAACAAAAACAAACAAACAAAAAAAAAAAACACACAGAUAGAGCCCACAUUGGUUUGGUUGAACUACUUUGCAAGGGAAAAGAAAAAAAUCAAACCCUGUUGCUUCAGGCAAGCGCAAGAAUGUUUGUCUCCCAGGACACAAAAUGUUCUUUUCCUCCUGCGCCUGCUGUUGAAAGACAGCAGAAUCUAUAGCAGUAUCUUUAUGUGGUUGUAAGUGGAGUAGUUCAGAUGAAUAUUAUUAUAAAGUGUGGUGUUCUUUGAGGGUAUAUUGUUGUACACUUCUAAUUGCAGCUCUUAUCUGUGUAGUGCGCAUGUGUGAGAGAGUCACUGUCAACUGUGUUGUUGUGGUGUUAAAUCAUUGAAGCUUAUUAUGAGGCCAAAGUUGAUUGUUAUUGGUAUUUGUUAACACAAUGAUAUUUGUCAAUAUUAAUAUCCAAACAUUUUUAAGAUUAUGCCAUAAUAAAUAUCACACUCAUUUUGUAUCUUUGUGUAUGGGAUAGUAAUUUCUGAUGCAUAUUAACAUGUAAAUCCUCACGAUGAGAUGCUCUCACGUUUUUGUUUUGUUUUUAACUUGUUUAGUUGCAAAACUAUUGGUGCUUUUUCAGAUUACUUAGUUGUAUUCGGUUGAAUUUUGCCAUUCUUUAUUUUGAUUCUGAAUAUUACAUUGUUUGCUGGUUUUCUACCAUGUUGGACAUUGACAUCUGCCUCACUUUAUUCAACAAAAACUGUGGAUUUUGUGUCAAAAUAAAUGUUACCAAGUGCUACACAA